AUGAUAUGGAGCCUUCGAACGCGGGGUCGUCCUCUCCCUCCCGGUCCACGGCCACUGCCCAUUAUUGGCAACCUGUUGGAUAUGCCGUCACUCAGACAGUGGCUUGGCUUCAGGGAUCUGUGUUCAAAGCACGGCGCGUACAUAUCAUAUAGCUGCAACUUGAAUGCUGAUAACAUCACAGGCGAAAUUGUAUAUUUGGACAUCCUGGGGAAGCCUGUGCUCAUAGUCGGCAGCGUGCGGGCAGCCACAGAGAUCCUAGAAAAGCGGUCUGCAAACACGUCCGAUCGGACCCCUAGUCACUUACUCCCGCUCAUUGGAAACGAUAUCGCAUUUAGCGUUAUGAGAUACGGGCAAUGGUGGAGGGACCAUCGCCGCGCAUUCUGGCAGGUUUUACACCCAGGACAACUAAGCCGAUACCACGAUGUGGAGCGGGGUCUCGCGCAUGAACUACUCGCAAGGCUUUUGGAUUCUCCUCAGGAUUCCAAACAGCAUCUUCGUUUUAUCCUCUCAGCUAUCAGCAUGAAAGUCCUGUACGGUCUGGACGCCAACCGAGUUGAAAACGGGGAACUCAUCGGGAUGGCGCAAGAGGCCCUGCGCUGCACAACUGACCUCGCAACCCGGACGCAUCCCGUAGACGUCGUUCCUUUCCUGCGCCAUUUGCCGGGUUGGGUACCUGGGGCAGGGUUCCAAUAUGCUCUGGCUAAAUGCAAGGCGGCAGUCAUGCACUUGAAGGAGGUUCCGUUCGCUAAGGCGAAAGCUGCAUAUGGCCAAUAUCAGCCUUGCGCGAUAGCUGCGUUGUUAGCGAGAAUGCAAGCUCUGGGAGAGCAGGAUAACGUUGGGGACACGUACCAGGAAGAUGUCAUCAAGAACGUCGGCCUGGCUGCGUUCGAAGGAGCGGACACAACGUUUUAUUCCCUACUAGGGUUGUUCCUAGCGGUGUCUCGGUUUCCGGAGGUACAGGCGAAGGCCCACGCGGAGCUAGACAGAGUGGUCGGUCCUGAUCGUCUGCCAGACUUUGAAGACAGCAAAGAACUGGUCUACAUCAAUGCCUUGAUCAAGGAAGCGCUCCGCUGGCAUGUCGUACUACCGCUCGCCCUCCCGCACCGCACCGUUGAGGACGACGUGUACAACGGCUACUUCAUCCCUGCGGGCACUAUGAUCUUACCGAACACCUGGGCGAUGCUCCACGACCCCGAGGUGUACGACUCUCCGGAAGAGUUUAGGCCGGAACGAUUCAUACGCAACGGGCGAAUUACCACAACAGCGCGUGAUGGGUCCACGUUCUCUUUUGGAUACGGGAGAAGGCGAGUCUUGUGCCCAGGACGGUACUAUGCAGACGAUCUGUUGUAUAUCACGGUCGCCUCCGCUCUGCACGUCUUCCAGUUUGGGCCUCCGCUUGACGAGCAGGGACAACCGGUCAAGAUUGAGCUGCGGCAGUCGCACGGCUUGGUAUCCUAUCCUGAAGACUACCGAUGUACUAUCAAACCCCGCUCGGCGGAGGCUGCGAACUUAGUCUUGAACGCGCAGGCCGCUUCCGAAGGAAAGACUGUAGAAUCAUGA